AUGAGGCGAAGUCUAAACUUAAGGAGCAGGCGGAUUCCUGGUGAUCCCCAGGGCACGUCCAAUGUUGGCGAUGGACGUGACAGUGAGCAAGCUGACCGUGGUGAGCUGAGCAGGCGGGCGACCACGCGCCGGAACCAGAUUGCUGGAGAUGGUAGAGCAACUACAGCCGAACCUGGAAUGAAUAGAAGCAUUAAUACCGGAGAAAAUCAACGAGCUUCGCCGUUUCGCCAUGUUGCACAACAACGAGCUGUGCCCAGACGAAACGAACAAACGCGUCGAAUGCAUUGGACUAACGAGAUGAAUAAAGCAAUAAUGACAGCGUACUAUAGAGCUACUAACCUAGAAGCGGACCGUACUUUCUAUCGCAGAAGAAUGCGUGAGGAAUUCCUGAGAUUUUACCCUCAACUUGACCAUCUGUCCGAACAGAGAAUAUCGGACCAACAAAGAGCUAUAAUCCGAAGAGAUCUUCUAUCAGAUCCGAUAUUAGAUGAAAUAAAAAAUGAUGUCCGUUGCCAAAAUGAGAUGGUCCAGCCACCCCUAGUACAGGUCCGAAACGAUGAUCUGCCAGAAGUGCAAUAUGAAGAGCAUGACAGGGUUGACUUGGGUCUAGAAAACUACUUCGAGACGCUCUGCAUGCAAUAUCGCGGAUCCGACCCAUGCUCACGACCACCCCUGUCUAAACUUCGAUUCAGAGCCCACACAGGUGCACUUAUCAACACCCUAAAUAAUAUCAUCCAAUCUAAAUUAAACACAGAUGCCGACUUGGAGGAAAUUCACCUGAUGAUCUAUUGUGCAGCUAGAACAGUACUCGAGAAAAACCAGAAGAUCCACAGCACUUCCAACGCCAGAAGAAGAGAAAGCAAGCCGAAGUGGGAAAUAAAAUUGGAAGAGAAAAUAGAGAAAACAAGGAAGAUUGUCAUUCAUUCAUUCAUUGCUCUAAAGUUAGGGAAUAAAAGAAGUAGAAUCCUGAAGAAGCUUCCGAAAAAGAUGUACGAAACAUUGAUUCAGACUCCAGCUUCUGCACAUCAACAAUUGAUACUGGACAACCUGGACACAAUGAAGCAGCAACUGGCCGUGUAUGCACAUAGACUAAGAUCUUAUAAGGAAAGUAAUGAGAGAAAAAAACAGAAUGCUCUAUUCGAGAAAAAUGAGAGAAGAUUCUAUCGGGACAUCAUCGAGAAAAAGUACCAGACACGAAACACAUGUCCAAAAAUGCUGGAACUGGAAAGAUUCUGGGAGGAAAUAUGGUCCAAAGAAAUGACACCUGCCGAUCUUAGCAGAGUAUUGAGUCGACUGCCCAAUUGGAAGGCGCCGGGUAGAGAUAAGGUUAAAAAUUUCUGGAUAAAAGAAUUUUCCUCUACACAUCCAUACAUCAGCGAGGAGUUCAAUAAUAUUCUGAGACAACCAUCGAGAUGUCCUAAGUUUUUCACGCAAGGUGUCACUUAUCUACUGCCCAAAGGUGAGAACAAACAAGACCCAGCCCAGUACCGCCCAAUAACCUGCCUUCCCACACUAUUCAAGAUCCUCACCGCACUUAUAACAGAAAAAAUAACCAAUCACCUGAAGGUAAACCAUCUCAUGACAGAAGAGCAAAAAGGAUCAAGGAGAGGUGUCCUGGGGUGUAAAGAGCAGCUUGUUGUGGAUGAGGUCGUCCUUGAACACAUCAGAAGAUCAAACAGGAAUGCUUAUAUGGCCUUUAUUGACUAUAAGAAGGCUUUCGAUUCUGUGCCCCACUCAUGGUUGAUACAUGCACUAAAAAUACAUAAGGUCAGCCCGGAUAUCGUUAGCUUCUUAGAGACAUCGAUGAGACAAUGGUCCACAGUGCUUACUUUACAUACCACUGAGCAGAUCAUACAGAGCAAAGAAAUACCUAUCAGGAGAGGAAUUUUCCAAGGGGAUCCCCUGAGCGCACCCUGGUUUUGCUUGGCGCUGAACCCCUUGUCUAGCACCAUAGUUCGGAUGGGGCAUGGAAUAAAAAUAAAAACUGAGCAAAACACUUUCAAUCUCACCCACCUGUUUUUCAUGGAUGACCUCAAAAUCUAUACCAGCUCAAAGAGGAAGCUAGAAAUUGUCCUGAAACAAAUACAUAAAAUGAGCACCGAUAUUGGUAUGGAAUUCGGCCUCAAUAAAUGCAAAACCGUAACUGUACACAGGGGAACUUUGCAGCAUACAGAGCCCCUGCAGAUCACAACUACAACCCAAAUAGAAUGUCUGAGCGAAGAACCCUACAAAUAUCUGGGCAUUCUUCAGACAAAUAAGAUAAACCAUUCUACCGUCAAGGAGGAACUGAGGACAGAAUUCAAUAAAAGGCUACAGACUGUCCUCAAGACAAAGCUGAACUCGAGGAAUUUAACUAAGGCCAUAAAUACGUACGUGAUCCCAGCUUUGUCCUACUCGUUUGGGGUGAUUAAAUGGUCCCAAACAGAUCUCGAGGAUCUGAAUAGAAGAGUGCGAACAGCUCUUACUAGAGCAAGGAUGCACCACCCCAAAUCAAGCUGCGAGCGAGUUAAUCUUCCGAGAGGUUCUGGGUGCAGAGGAAUAGUUGAUAUCGAGAAUUUACAUAAUGGACAGGUGGAAAACAUGAGAAGGUACUUUUAUUCGAGGAGAGACCGUCUGUUACACCAUACCAUUAUUCAAGCUGACAACAAGUUGACGCCACUGGACCUAAAGAACGAAAGAGGACAUACCUAUGCAUGCAACCAACAGAAGCUGCUGAGUGAGUGGAAAUCCAAACAACUGCACGGUAGAUUCUGCAGAGCUCUAGACGAACCACAUGUAGAUAAACCGGCAUCUGUUAGAUGGCUCACACAAGGGUAUUUAAACCCAGAAACAGAAGGAUCAAUGAUAGCUAUCCAAGAUCAAGUUGUCAAAACGAGGAAUUAUAGUAAGUUCAUCUUAAAGGAGGAUAUACAGAGUGACCAGUGUAGACUGUGUGCAGAGAAAACAGAGACAAUAGAUCACAUCAUAUCAGGAUGCACAAAACUGGCGAAAACCAGGUACAUCGAGAGGCAUAACCAAGUUGCCAAAAUAGUAUAUUUAGAGCUACUGAAAAUGUGUGGCAUGGAGCACGAUGAUACACCUUACUAUAAAUACGAGCCAAAUGCUGUCAGAGAAAAUGUACAGUUUAAGAUCUAUUGGGACAAGACAAUCCUUACCAACAGGACCGUACAGCAUAACAGACCGGAUAUAACAUUGGUAGACAGAAGGAAAAAGAAGACUUACCUCAUAGAUGUUGCUGUGCCCAGUGCUCACAAUCUGCAACAAAAGUAUGAAGAGAAACUCCUCAAAUACGAAAUACUAGCACAAGACGUUCGACAAAUAUGGGGCAUGCAGAGUGUAGAUAUCGUACCACUGAUUAUCUCUGGCGUUGGCAUCAUUCCCAAGACACUAAAAAGCAAUUUGUCGAAGUUGAGCAUACCGGAGAAUACUUACGUUCAAAUGCAGAAGGCUGUAAUUUUGCAGACGGCAGCCAUUGUGCGGUCCGUGAUAGGAUGA